GGAGAGGAAAGCUUACACGUGGGAAGGGCUGAAGUCAAGAAAUACGUAAUAAAGGUCUUGGGGGCCACGGGAGGCGGCUCAUUGUCCCGAUAAAGCACGAUGAAUGUAAUUGAAAUCAUGGAAAAUAGAAGAUCAAACGGGAAAUCCUGGAAGGAAAAAUAAACAAAGAAGGCCCACUGUUUGGAGACAUGGAGAAUGUUACUGUAGAUGUGCAUAUAAAAAGCAAGGAACAAGACACCGAAGGACAAAGUGUGAAAGAAGAAGUUGAUAUUAAAACUCUGACUGACACUGAACUAUGGAAGCAGCUUUGCUCAUAUGGAGUUAACCCUGGACCAAUAUUACCUUCCACAAGAACCGUUUAUGAAAACAAGCUUCAGCAAUUGAUGAAGCAAUGCCCAGGAGCAGCAGCUGGAGAGAAAAGCCGAAAGGUUGAUUGCGAAACGGAAAAUGUUGGAGCAAAAGGACCAGCCGCAGAAGUCGUUCUUCAGAACAGUAACUUUAGAGUAUCAGCAGAACGUGCCUGUAGUUCUGAUCAUAAAGCACCUUUAGAUGAAAUAACAGAACGCCAGAAGAAACUCUUGUCGCCUGAUUCUGAGCACAGUUUAGCCAAAAUAGUAGCAGAACUUCAAGAGAUAUUACCAGAAGGUAAAAUGGCGUCACAUCGGUCACAAGGAUUAAGGAAGAAAGUUGGCAAUAGCUCUGAGACAACCAAACAAAAGAAAAGUGAUACACUGCACAUUGAUUAUGGUCAUCCUGAUGCGAGCACCGUAGGAACUAGUUCUCGAAGAAGAAUAUUAAGAGAGACUCCUCCUUCACUUAAGAAACGUCCUGAAAACAAACCAGAGAAAACAUGUGAAAAACCAGCUGAACGACUUAUACCAAUGAGGAUAAAGAUUGCUGUUUUUUGUAUCUUGGUUUUCCUUCUCUUUGUAUAUGUAACUAUGGAAACCAGUCCAUUCACAACCUUCUUUAGCAGAAAAUGAGCACCUCCCUUCCUUGAGAGAUGCGUGGGAGAUCAAGGAAGGCACUUUGGUUAGCUGUUUAGGAACAAGUGAUUUCAGUAACUCAUUAAACAGCAAAUGGG